UGAUAAUGCACUACCCUUUAAAUAAAGCCAAGAGCUACUUCGACUUCUUCAGUUGAAGAUGUCGACUUGUCUGGUGAUAUUCCUGGCGUUAUUCGCCGCUUUGGCGAGUGGAAAGCCCGGUUACGGACCCGGGGAGCAGGAUUGGGGCUACGUGGAUGUGCGUCCAGGUGCACACAUGUUCUACUGGCUGUACUACACCACCGCCAAUGUUUCCAGCUACACGGAGCGCCCCCUGGCCAUUUGGCUGCAAGGAGGGCCUGGUGUCUCCUCCACAGGAUACGGAAACUUCGAGGAGCUGGGACCCGUCGAUCUGUACGGUGAUUGGCGCAGUUGGACCUGGGUGAAGGACAUGAAUGUGCUGUUCAUCGACAAUCCCGUGGGCACUGGCUUCAGCUACGUGGACGGAUCCUCCUACUACACGACCACCAACAAGCAGAUCGCCCUGGAUCUGGUGGAGCUGAUGAAGGGCUUCUACCAGCUGCAUCCGGAGUUCGAGGAGGUGCCGCUGCACAUCUUCUGCGAGAGCUACGGCGGCAAGAUGGCCCCGGAGUUCGCUCUGGAGCUCUACUACGCCAAGGAGCGCGGCGAGGUGAGGAGCAACCUCACUUCGGUGGCUCUGGGUGAUCCCUGGACCUCGCCCAUCGACUCCGUGCUCGCCUGGGGACCCUUCCUCCGGGAAAUGGGCAUCGUGGACCACGCGGGCUACAACGCCAUCCAGGAGGCGGCGAACUUUACGGCUCAGCUGGUGGAGGAGGAGCGCUGGUUCCAGGCCACCAAGCAGUAUAACAUAACCCAGGAAGAGGUAUUGAAGGUUUCCAAGGGCGUCGACAUCUACAACGUGCUGAAGGAGACAAAGGGUGGUCUCGACCAGCGGCAGAUUUCCCUGUCCGCCAAAGAGCGCCUCUAUAGCACUAUGGUAAAGUACGACAUCGACGAGGACCGCACUAAGAUGCUGGAGGAUCUAAUGCGAGGACCAGUGGCCGAGACCCUUGGCAUCCCCUCAAACGUCGUCUGGGUAUUGUUCAGUGAAACAGUCUUCGACGUCCACAGGACCGACUUCAUGAAGCCCGUCAUUCACAUAGUUAAUGAAUUGCUGGAGAAGACUCCUCUAAAAGUGGGCGUGUUCUCCGGUGGCCUGGAUCUGAUUUGCGCCACUCCGGGCACCGUAAACUGGAUCGCCAAGCUGGAUUGGAGCCGCAGAGAUGAAUACUUGGCUGCCCCACGUAACGCCAUCACCGUGGACCGCAUUCUGGAGGGCUAUCAAAAGUCGGGGGGCAACUUCACUAUGUUCUGGAUCAACCGAAGUGGUCACAUGGCUCCGGCCGACAAUCCUGCAGCCAUGAGUCACGUUCUGCGCGAGUUUACCAAUUUUGGAUGAACAUGGUGUACAAAUUAAUUGUAUAACUUAUAAAUAAAACAAACUAUUGCUUUGCCUUUCAAUAUCAA